UCUAUCCAAACAAACACAUAGUCUAGCUCUCAUGCGCAACGUUUUGGAUGCACUUUGUCUUUUUCCAAACCGCAUCUAGCAGCUAGCCGAAGUUAGUUCCCAUCUCCGUAUGCUUUAUCAUGGGUUUUCAAAUAUCUAAGCUCACAUUUUAAGGCUUGUAAGAAAGUCAUCGUUUUUCAGUUUUAUGUGAAUCAAUCCUUUAUAAAAAAGGGGAAAAAAAUCUGUUUCUCACAAUGUCAGCAAGCAUCAACCUCAUCUGUUGCAGCUUCUCUUACGUACCUCAAAACUCUUCCAAGUUCAAAACUUUAAUCCGAGCUAGAAACCUUAGCCAACAAAGUCCUGUACUUUCCAAAAGAACCUCAAAUUCCUCAGUCUUCCUUAAACCCAACAAUCGUAUUGCUUUAGUUUCCCCAUUUCAGCAAAAGGGUGUUCUUAAAAUAUGUCAAAGUUCCUUAAACACCCAGAAUUCUGAAGAAGAAGCUGGUCAGGAUAAAGGGCUCUCGGUUGAUAAUGGUAAAGAAGGAAGGGAUUGGACAACCUCGAUUUUGCUUUUUGUGUUGUGGGGUGCCCUCAUGUACUAUGUUUUCAAUCUCUCACCGAACCAAACGCCGUCAAGGGAUAUGUAUUUUUUGAAAAAGCUCCUAAAUUUGAAGGGGGAUGAUGGUUUUAGGAUGAAUGAAGUACUUGUGUCCCAAUGGUACAUAAUGGGACUGUGGCCAUUGGUGUACAGCAUGCUGCUGCUUCCAACAGGCAGAAGCUCAAAAAACAACAUUCCUGCCUGGCCGUUUCUAGUACUUUCAUUCUUUGGUGGGGUAUAUGCUCUUUUACCAUAUUUUGUUCUUUGGAGUCCACCACCACCACCUGUUGAUGAAAAUGAGCUUGAAAAAUGGCCUUUGAAUUUUCUGGAAUCAAAAUUAACUGCUGGGAUGGCGCUUGCUGCAGGAAUAGGAUUGAUAAUUUAUGCAGGUCUAGCAAAUGCUGAUAUUUGGAGAGAGUUUUUCCAAUACUUCAGGGAAAGCAAAUUUAUUCACAUCAUGAGCCUUGAUUUUACUCUACUAUCUGCCUUUGCUCCUUUUUGGGUUUAUAAUGAUAUGACUGCUCGUAAAUGGUAUGACAAAGGUUUUUGGCUUCUGCCCCUAUCAUUGGUGCCAAUCUUAGGUCCUGCUCUAUAUCUUGUCUUACGGCCAUCGCUAUCAGAUUUACCUGUUACAGUUAGCAAAACUACAUCCGAGUAAAAUUAGAAUUUAAGCUCCUUUAUUUUUUCUGAUGAACAUAUACCAACCAUGGAAAGGGAAAAGCUCAUAGUCCGAACAAGAUGAUAGAAUUAGAUAACAAUUAGAGGCAUCCCACUGCAAAAUGCAGCUGGUGCCACAUGAUGAAGAGUUACAAUCAGAAAAUCAUCACACAAAGUUUCCCACCCAUAUAUGCAUACAUGCGUAUAUAUAUUUCCUUACAGCGAUAUUUUGCUGAUGUAUGGUGUACUUUUGUAUUGACUAUUGAUAAGAAAGGUUGCAUGUUUAUUUCUUGCUUUGCUCCAUGCAGUAUGUAGGAACUUGUUUCAUUUGCUUUGAGUGAAAGGUUAUUUUCAAUUCCAAA